UCCAACUCGUCCAGAGAACCCGUGGCGCCUGGGAGAGGGAGGCCGUCGUUGCCGCCACCGCCACGCCGAUUUGCGAUGCGCCCCUCGCUCCGCAAAGUUGGCUUCGGGUCGCAUCGUCGCCGCUCUCUUUGAACGCGACCGCUAUACCGCCGCUUUGGACGUGCGCGUGUCAGCGCUGAUCUUGCCGCUCGUUGCACUCCUCCCCAUCCCGCCGCGGGAGUUCAUUUCGCGCGCUCUUCUCCGGCGCAUUGCAAGCUUUGAAGAGCCGAGUGCCGCCCAGGCUCUUGGCUGUUGUGGUGAUUCUGCAGGAGUUUCGCACGCUUGAAAGCAGCCCACAGACGUCUCGUCGGAGGCAGUCGGGAAUUAGCGCUGCUUCGAGGCGCCCUGCUCACUUUCCGUGCACAUUUGUGACUUGCUUGGAAUAAGUGUCAAGUGGUGGUGCUGAUGACGUCGUUCGGACUUUGCUGGACUGUCUGCCAGAACAUCUAGGAUUGUCACAACUUCCUGGUGGUUUCAAUGUGACUAAUUAUACACCCAUCGGAAUACAGUUGUUCCAGAAAACGCCCCAAACGUGGCAUUGACCGAGAUUAACGUGCGCGUGUGCUUCGGUGGCAUGGAGACGGGUUGAGUGUCCCAACAGAAGCGUACGAUCGCAGUUGACGUUUUUUUCUGCACGUGAUUAUGACUGGCCGCGAAGGACUUGCUGGACUGCCGCCGUCAGUUUUGUCGACGGCCGCUCUGUCGUCGCUUACGGAACACGUUACGAUCUAGUGUGACAACCUCUUCGCGCAGUCGCUGCCAGCGUGCGGUGAGCCGUGCGGCCGCAUCUUAUCGGCUGGAUAUGUCGACGUCCUUUCUCUGCUCGUGGACAGUGCUGGCGGCGGGAGCAGCGAUGAGACUUCUCUUUCAUGUCCACGUCUCCGCCGCGUCCAGUGAAGGAAUCAUAGGGCGCGAACACAACGUCACCGGCUUCGUGGGCGGCUCGGCCGUGCUACCCUGCGAGGUGGACGAAGCGAAGCUGCGGCCGCGUGUAUUUCAUCACGUGGACGAAGAACGUGUCACAGGACUGGCAGCGAGUGUACCUGUUCUCCGAGACGGUGAACCGCGUGAUGGGCCCGCUGAGCGAGCCUCACCGCGCAACCUUUCAGCCGGGCAACGCGUCCGCCCAUUUGCGCAUCCAGCCACUCACCGUCGAGGACGAAGGCACGUACAAGUGUGACGUCACAUACGUCCAAGGAAAGUGCCCGUCGUUGUCCUUCACCAGGCUACAGACGCUCGUCACACCCAAGGAGCCCGUGAUCAAGAUGGAUGGCCGCCGCCUGGCCAAUGGCUCCUUGCUCGGUCCCUACUUGGAGGGCACUACAGUGGUGCUCGACUGCUUCUCAUCCGGAGGUCGACCAGCCCCGCAGGUGCUGUGGCGAAACGCGUCCGCCCAGCUGCCCGUAAAGACGUCUGUAACGCCGCACCUACGUGGAAUUCACGACGUCACGUCGACGGCGCGCUUUGUGCUCUCGCGCUGGGACCUGGGAGCCCGGCUAGAGUGCGUCGUGAUCACCAAGGCCACACCCGCGCCCGUCGUCAAGUGGGUCCAGCUGGACGUGCAUGUACGGCCUCUUGCUCUACGGCUACGUGGCCCUAACCACCCGGUUGUGGCCGGCGAGAUGGUGUCGCUCACGUGCAUUGUGGAGGGCGCCAGGCCGGCAGCAAACAUCACGUGGUACAACCGGUCCGAACUGGUGCGUCCACAGCCCCCGGCCGCUGAGGACCUUAUGAGCGACGGCACGUACCGCACCGCUAGCACGUUGGUGUUCGUGGCCAGCCUUUACGACCACCAAGCCGAGUUCUUCUGCAAAGGAACCAACCAGGUGCUCAAAAACAGAACCGAGGCACCACUUCUGCAGGCCGUCCGACUAGAAGUUCUCUACCCACCUGCGGUCCGCGUGUUGCCGGCAGAGGGCGUCAACGUGACCGAGUGGCACUCGUGCAACCUGACCUGCCACUACGACGCAAAUCCUCCCAACGCGACCGAGGUGGCGUGGUACAAGAAUGGCGAGCUCCUGCCACCCAGGCCCAGGGGACACAGGCUACUGCCAAAGACGACGCUGCUCAUCCGGAACGCGACGCGCAAGGAUGCUGGUGUAUACAGCUGCCACGUGAAGAACGCGUUCGGACGAGGGAACGCAUCGAACUCCGUAUACCUGGACGUUUUCUACACCCCGCUGGUGAGCGUCUGGGUGAACCCGUCGGUGGUGGCACUGGGCGAGGGACCCGUGCUCCUUCGCUGCGAGGCCGAGUCCGGCAACCCGCAGCAGCUGCGCCGAGUGCGCUGGUAUCGCGACGGGCAGCUGGUCAACGAGACCAAGGAGCCUGACCUGCUGCUCGAGGAACUGCGGCGUUCGGCCACAGGAAACUACAGCUGUGAGGCGAAGAACGACGCCGGAUGGAGCCCCAUGUCUCCACAGAAGUCGCUUGUCGUCAUGUAUCCCCCGGGCCCUGCGAUCUUGGUGCCCGAGAGUGGGGCUCUGCCCCCGCUGAAAGGGCAGCGAGUGACAAUGCGCUGUCACGUGAACGACACGGGACUGCCGCCCAGCGUGGCGUUCCGCUGGGAGCACGGGGGCGUGCCUCUGAACGUGACCGGAGCGACGCUGGUCACCGAACCCGUGACCACGGCCACGCAGGGCAACUACUCGUGCGCCGCGGUCAACCAGGUCGGCGUGGGCACGCCGGCAUUCUGGAUACUCGACGCCCAGGCUCCACCGUCGUUCGUGCGCUCGCUGCCAGCUACGGGCGGCAGCCUUCGCAACGCGACCGGCGUCUCGCUCGAGUGCGUGGUCGAGUGCGAUCCGGUGUGCGAGGUGCGGUGGCUUCGCAACAACGAGACGCUCGACGAGUCGCCCUUCUUCCACGCCAGCCAGGCGGUGCGGCCAGAGGGCGGCGGACACUUCCACUCGGUCGCCUCGAUGCUCUCGUGGAACAUGAGCCAGCUGCCGCCUUCGUCGUUCGACUACAACACCUUCACCUGCCUGAGCAGCGAGAACGCCGUCGGGCCUGGCGUCUCCAGCACCAUGCUCUUCCGCGUAGAAUAUCCCCCGGAGAAGCUGCAGGUGUCCGUGGUGCAGCUUGACCUCUCCGAAGGCGAAGUGCCGCCGCGUGAGGUGAGCUGCUCGGCGUCGGCGCACCCAACUGCCGAGUACCAGUGGCGGCUGGGCGCGCUCACCGUCUCGCGCGGCCCUACCCUGCUGUUCAACGCAACCGCUUCGAGGGAGAUGGCCGGGAACUACACCUGCGUCGUCAGCAACCGCCACGGACGAGCCAUGGCCGCGACGCUAGUCACCGUCAGGCAUCGCCCACAGUGUACCGUGGUGAAGGAGCACGACUCGUCAGGCAACGUGGUGCUUCGCUGCGAGGCCCAAGCCGUGCCACCCGUGGUCGCGUUCAUCUGGCUGCGGAACAACCGCACCGUGCAGGAGGACCGCGGUCCACGCAGCACCUUCAUCGUUCCCGACCGGACCUCGUUCGGCGCCUACUCCUGCGUGGCGAGCAACGCGGUCGGGAACUCCGAGCCCUGCCAGCUCAAGCUCACCAAGCUGCCCAGUCCCGCCGGCUGGGCGCAGCUUCUGCUGAAAGAAGAGAACCUCAUCAUCAUGGCGGGCAUUGCCGGAGGCGUCGUCAUCAUCAUCGUUCUACUCAUCGUUAUUAUUAGCAUCGUUGUUAUCCGAAAGCGCAUUCAGUCAAACACAAAACCACGACUUGAAGAACGCGAAAAUGCUAUCGUGGAGAUUGGCCACGGCAGCCCCCACGGAAAGCUCUCGUUGUUGGCUGACAUGAAACGUGACGGUAGCCCACUUUUCGAAGAAGACUACGACAGCGAAGAUGGGCACCGGUCAGCGACGCGGCUUGUCCGGCGUGGAACGCUGGAGCUCGGAUGAAGCCCGCGCACCACCAGGAGAUACACGCGCAGACCAUCCAUCACACGACGAUAAAUGGACUUUAGCACAGUUGUGACUUGAGUCUGCUGCCCAUGACCGGAGUACAUCAAGGGGCACGCUCUUCCGAAACGGCUUUCAGAUUCUGCUGUCGUAGACGUUAAGGGCGUCGCUGGAGACAAGCGAGUGCUGCAGAAAGUGCUAGAUGAACUGCUUCUGCAAAAAUAACUUCGCAUAGAACCUUCACACGGGGAAACAUGAACAACUCACUGCUCAUAAGUCGGGACUGCUCGAUGCUUUCCAUCGCGUGGCUCUCGCGGGCAACGAGAACUGGCGUAGCGAGGAGGCUGUGAGAGCUUGAUUUGCUAUAAAACAAAGGGUAAAGUUACUUUAGUGAGUUUCGGAAGCGAAGGUUGAGUUGGCACCUUCUGACGGCGGACAUCUCUUGACAAACCCAGUGUGAAGGCCCCAAGUGAAACACAGCGAAGAGUGCGAAGACCGCUAACCAUUGUGACUGGAACCGUCCCAAAGUGAUUAUCUUAUACUGAAGCAACAAUGCCGCAGCGGUCUAGAAUGUGCCAGCGUGUUGGAGACCCCAGCAUAAAGAUACGACAAAACAAAGCAAAAAAAAAAGCAAAGAAACAAGACAGCAGUGCAAGCGUCGUUGGUGUUUCUGCGCCUUUGUUAGUGUUUUCUUCUCUUUAGGUUGCAAGCGUAUGUGUGUGCCUGUGUAUACUGUUGUAAAUGCCAGAAACUUUACCCAGGUGUAUUGUGGCGGUGAUUUCGUACUAGAAACGAGUGCGCCAUUUGCGUUUUUACUCAUUGCUUAGGCAUUUGUGUACAUUUUGCCGAUGGCACGGCCCGGUGGUGUCAAGACUGUUUUUCAGAGACUCCCCCCCUCCCUUCUGCUCCCCCGAAGAGCGGGGCCUUUCACGUGCUCCGGCUCUGAUGAGCAUGCCGGAAACUUGAAGGAAAAUGAUGGGUACCGAAACAUGAGUCGAGUGUGUUCGCCAGACGUUUGGUAUGAAAACAUUCGCUUAUACGUACAACGGCGUCUCUAAAGCUCCCGUUCACCGAAAUUGCGGAGUUGAGCUAGGCGUCUUAAUGCGGCGCACUUGGCAAUGAAUGACGAAGACAAUGGAACCUUGACCUUAUAAGUUAUUGCUGUUUAACGUACAAGUCGCUGGUCGUAGAAACGCAGUUACGCGCUAAGUCUGCUGCACGUGAUGCCUAGGGGAUUACACAGACGCGAAUGCCAUUUUGUGCGUGCAUUUAGCCUGGUGGCCCCGGCUCAGUUUGAGAGAUCAUGUUCUUCGUCGGUUCGUGCAACGAAUAAAGUCGCGAGUGGAUUACGUUCGAAGAUGAGAGUUUUGUUUUUAUAACAAACAUAUAUGCAUCUAGCAUUCCAGAGUAGGUUGUCAAAAAAGUAGGUCAAGUGUAUACGUCCUCGUCUUCUUUUACCCACAACUUCGCAAUUUCCAUGGACGCUGAGCUCAAUGUAAAUAUUGCAAUUUUCGCUUUCAAACCGAAAUACGUCAAAAAGGUGCUGGAAUAGAGCACUUCCUCGUUGAUGUUAUUGUACAGAUGCGUUUAGCAAACAGAAGUGAACUCGUCCACAAGUCGCUUUUUUAUUUUCGGUGUUUGCAUAUUUAAAUUGUGGGAGUGUUUGUAACGUUGAUUAAUCUGAUGUUCUCGGUAUGCGGUGAACAAGCAAAUGGUUAGGUUUAUUUGGUGUGAGAAUCGAGCGAGAAUGAGUUUUGAAGGUCAGUCCAAGGAUGGCUAAAUUAACCGAUCCUUAGUUUCGAAGGAAAUGGAGAAAAGGUGCGACGACAAUAAGACGUAAUAAAUAUAACUUUUGUUGUAUGAUUCGUUUUUACUUAGAAUAAAAACAUUUGCAAUAAAAUACU